GUGAAGAUGGCCGCCAGUGACUUCUUGGUGGCUCUGGCCCGCACCCACUUCUACUUCGUCAUGGCUGAGCUGCAGAGCCACCUGAAGGUGGUGGGGAAGGUCCCUGAUGAGGCUGUGCUCGUCACCUUGGGCAAGAUGGCUGGCAGCUAUGCCCUGCGCUGUGUCCCCUUCGCGGGAGCGACGCUGCUGGCCCUGCGCAGGACGCUGAGCCGGGCAGGGAGCGGCCGGACCCUGCGCAUCAUCUGCGGGGUUCUGGAGCGAUGGUCCAAGGGCAUCACCAUGUACUUGUGCAGCCAGAAACGACACCCCUUUCCUCAGAGCAGGGCAGCACAGCUCUGUGGAGACCUUUACCCGCUCUUCCAUCACGCAGUGGUAAAUUGGCUGGGCUGCAAGGAGGAACAGGAUAAUCGGGCUGUCCUGGGUGCGGUGGCUGCCAUGGUUGGUGUCCUUGUGUGUGAGGAGCGGCACUGCCAGCGUGCCCGGGAGCAGCUCCUCCGGCUCCUGCGCCAGCACCAGCGGGUCCAGGACACCUCCCGGGUCACCGAGAACCUCGGCCACGUACUGCAGAUGCUGGGGGGAGGUCAGACCCCAACCCCACGGGGCUCAGCUCUCGCCCCCCACACCGCUGGGCACCAGCAGGUAAGGGGAGCCUGCGGGGCAGGGCAGGGUGUCCCUCCGCCAGGACCACCUGCAGACCAGCACGCCAGGGUGUGAGCCAGGUGCCACGGAGGUGCCUUAAGG